AUGGUCGCCACAAGAAGAACACGUCACCCCAAGGGCAGCUCGGGAUCGCCUGAAGAAGCUGCUGCCGCCGACCCUAGUCUUGUCACUGGUCCCAGUUCCAGCAAAGAUGCUCAAAGCGGCCCCAUUUCCAGCAGGCCAAAGAGGCGCUCGCGCCCCAGUGUCGAAGAAAUCACCGGGUUUGCGCCCAUCCCGGAGGCUCUCCGGCCAAACCUGGACAUUCUGUUUGUCGGCAUCAACCCGGGAAUUGUUAGUGGCCAAAAGCAGCUGCACUUUGGAAACCCGCAAAACUUCUUCUGGAAGGGACUGUUUCAGUCGGGGCUGAUUCCAGAACAGAUCCAGCCGGAGCAGGGCCAUCUGCUGUUUGACAGAUGGAACAUGAGCAUUGUAAACCUGGUCCAGCGCACAACGGCGUCGACCAGCGACCUUAGCCGCAAGGAGAUGCGGGACGCCGUGCCCGAGCUCUGCCGCAAGAUAUCGGCGAAUCCGCCGCGGAUCGUGUGCUUUGUCGGCAAGGGCAUCUACGAGGUGUAUUCUGCGCAAACAAAUUUUGCGCUGGGCCUUCAACAGCAGAGGCUUGCGUUUGCCGGCGGUUCGGCGGCCCAGCUAAGAUCCGGCAGAACACUCUCUGUAUCUGGCUCAGUCGCGCUUCCCAAAUCGCCCAUCUGUUCGACCGCCGCGUACCAAAAUUCUGAAAAGCUCAUGUAUUUCAAGCAGCUUAAGUACAUCCGCGACUGCUGCUGCAACGGCAAUGCAGCAGAGGAGCCCAUCAUCGACCAUAGCGUGCUGGAUGCCAUUGGGCCGCGCACACGCUCGCAAUACUUUCCUGCAGACACAAAAUAA